UGGAUAACAAUAAAUUCACGACGAACACCUUGAGAUUAGAUAAGCCUUAUAAAUUAUAUAGGUAUGAUUAAUAAAAGGUCUCGUCAAUCAGUAGAAAUACUGUCAUGUUUCGAAUAGCAGUUGUUUUUGUUUACUUUUUGCUCAUUACUAGUCAAGAUACGAUCAACGAUGACUGCAUGAAACACGUGAAGGAUGCAUUGGAUAGAGUGAAUCAUUCAUUUGUUGUCCCUUCGAAUUUUUCAUUUCCUUCACCUUUUAACGAAAUUAAUGAACUACUCAAACGUUUGAAUGCACUCUUGAAGAAUAUCGGAAAUUUUGAUGAGUUGAGGAAAAAUCAGAAGUCGAUAGAAACAAACAUCCUUGAUGCGAAUCAAACGGAUCAACUAAAAAGGGGGAUUGAAUUAUUGAAAUUGAUUUAUAACAAUCUGGAAAUUGUGAAAACCUCGAGAAACAAAGCGAAUCAGACAUGCCAAACUGCCAGAGAUGAGUAUAAUAUGAUGAUGAACGAAUUUGAUGACAUUGAAAAACAAGGAUUUAGUGUUAGUGAAAGUAUUUCUGACAUCUCCACAGAAUUUGACAAAAUCAAAAAGAGAAGUCAAUCAGUCAAAAGUGCCCUUCACGACCUCAAAGUUCCUGAGGUCACUGCAACAAAGUACCUGUGUGGUAAGCUGUUGGAUGGAACCAUUCAAGAAAUUAUCAUUACUGCACGAAGAAUCAAGAAACAAUUGAUACAGAAGAAGGAACAAGUUCUGUUGAAAUUGAAAGACCUCAAAGAGAAGAUUGGGAUAUUCAAAGAUCCGAAUGAUGUACCGCAAUCUAUUUUGAAAGGUGGAGAUGAAAAUACCGUUAAGAAACUUCAACAAGAGGUGGUUUAUUUGAAGAACAGAAUAAAUAAGUUCAAACAGAUGAAAGAACCUAUUUUGAAAUGGGAGAAAGUUAUUUCGAAUUUGGAGCGCCGGUUGAAAGAGGAUAUUCAGAGGGCCAAAGCAGUCAAGAAUAUAUUGCUUCAGAGAGACAAAAGUAAGCAGUCAUACGAAGAAAUAGGAAAAAUUGUAAAGGGUUUAUGUGAACGAGGAGUAUGUUCCAUCAAAGGUCCCGUUGAUGUGGAACAAUAGAACGAAUGAACCAAAACUGUUGGCGCUUCACCAUGAAAAAUACGAUGAAAUUUCAAUUAUUUUCAGAUCCACUAGGUUGUAUUAUAUUUGAUAAUGUUUGGAUAUACAUCUUUUUGAUAUUUUAUAACUAUGACAAAAAAUCAUAUAUGUACAUUAAUUUCUUGAACAUCACCGACCUCAUUUUAGAACAAAGAUCGCAAUCCAAUUUUUUAAAAGAAGGUAUGUAACAAUAUGCUGUAUGACCGUUUGUGUGUCAUGGUUAACAUUUUUUAGAUAUAUAGACAGAUAGAUUUUAUUUAAACAACAAUUGAAACAGGUUUACAAUCGAUUAUAUGUAUACAGCCGAUGUCAUGGUACAUAAAAUAUAUGAUUUUAAAAUACA